AUGGCAGAAUGCAUACCAAAUCGCACGUGCUAAUUUCGUGUUUCAAACGGUUAACACCACGGUUGUUUCCCGGUGCUCGCUGUAGUUACUUCUGCAGAAAACAGUCAAGUUUAGCAAUGUAUCAAGCUGUGGAAAGAGGUUCACCUAAUACAACGGACUACAGAAUAUAUUUCAGAAAUUCUUCUGGUCCGAUUUCCCCUUUACAUGACAUUCCCAUUUAUGCUGAUGCUAGUAAGAAAAUCUACAAUAUGGUUGUUGAAAUCCCUCGGUGGACAAAUGCAAAAAUGGAGAUCAAUUUGAAAGAGGUUUUAAACCCCAUAAAGCAGGAUGUAAAGAAAGGGAAGUUAAGAUUUGUGGCCAACUGCUUUCCUCACCAUGGUUAUAUUUGGAAUUAUGGCGCCAUUCCCCAGACAUGGGAGAAUCCAGAAGUUUUAGAUGAAUCAACAGGUUGCAAAGGUGACAAUGAUCCAAUUGAUAUUUUGGAAAUUGGUUACCGAGUGGCAAAGAGGGGAGAAGUGCUUCAGGUUAAAGUACUGGGAUCUGUAGCCCUUAUUGAUGAAGGUGAAACCGAUUGGAAGAUAAUUGCCAUUGAUGUGAAUGAUCCCAUAGCAGAUGAGUUAAAAGAUAUUGCAGACGUGGAAAAGCAUUUCCCCGGACUUCUAAAGGCCACAAUUGAGUGGUUCAAAAUCUAUAAAAUUCCAGAUGGGAAGCCAGAGAAUCAAUUUGCAUUUAAUGGUGAGGCAAAGAACAGGGAGUUUGCUCAUCAUGUCAUUGAAGAUGUGCAUAAGUACUGGGCUGGCCUUAUUAAAAAAGAAACUGAAGCUGGUGGCAUUUCAUGUGCAAACGUAACAAAUGCUGAGAGUCCUUUCAAGAUUGAACAGAAGGAUGCAGAGGAUGUAAUUGCAAAGAGUCCACAGCUUGGAUCACCCGAGCCUAUUGAGUCUGUUGUGGACAAGUGGCAUUACAUUCAUCUGAAAUAAUUACUCAGUACAACUGCAUCUGUGUCUCACUUUUUGAGACUGCAGUAUGGACCAUUUAACACAUACCAGUUCCACCAAUUGGAACAUAUUCAAUCAUCCGUGGUAAUUGUGAUUAAUUUGAAAAUACACUUGUGUUAUGUGGGUAAAUAAAUGAAGUGAAAUUUAUUGUUAUGAGAUGUGAAUUUAUCUUGAUUUUACAUAAUUGUAAAUUAGCAUAAUCAUGUUUAUUUUCUGAAUAAAUUUUUUUUUCUUUC